AUGGGUUUGAAGAAGCGUGGCGUUGGUCAUAGAGCAUGGAACCUGCUGCGAGUGACAUUGCUGUGGGCACGUAAAGGUGGGGUGUUGAGGCGGAGGGUAGCGAUGGAGCUGCGUCUUGUUCCAAAGUACUUGAAGCGUCUCGGGCACAGUAAUACGCCGCCCAGCCAUAUUCAUUACUUUGAGCGGGAGCUGUCCUUCGACAAGACCCCCAUUUUCCAUGUCAAGAUGUACCGUCCAACCUCUAUGCGCUUCCACUUGCCUCACAUUCCUUGUAUUAACCCACAAGUUGAUUUUGAAUAUGAUUUCAACGACGACGACGAUGAUGAUGUUGAAUAUGAUACUGUGAGAAAGAGUGCCCUCACGGCUGCAGGAGACCGUGACCAAGAAUUUUAUCAUGAUUAUGAAAGACGCCUGGAGGUGAUGUCUUGUGGUGAACAGGAGGAACAACAAGAAGCAGUUGCCCAAGGGAUAGAUAAGCGAGCCGAGGAGUUCAUAGCAAAAUUCUAUCACCAAAUGAAGCUGCAGCGCCAGAUUUCUCUUCUACAAUACAAUGAAACACCCAAUAGAGACACGACUUGUUGAGCACUUUUACAAAACUACGUGCGGCUUACUUCAUUUUUCCUUCUUUUUCUGUUGAGAUUUGAUGCCACUGUCAAUGUUAAAACAUUUUAGUAAAAGAAAUGAGAGAGUACUUCGGGAUGCUGUAAAUGCCAGGAGCUACAUUUGAGUUCUACUAUUUACAUUUUUUUCAUGAUUAUGCAAUAAAUGCUACAGAGCUUGGCACUUGUUCAGCUCCGACGCUGUACAGUCCAAUGUAAACAUGGAAAUAGAAUGGUAAUGGUGACUAAGAAUAAUGAUACCAAAUUAACCGGUGUUUCAGCUUGGCACUUGUUCCUCAAAAUUAAAACUACGUGAUCCUUAGAGCAACUCGUUAAAUUAUCAUCAGAUCUAAAAGAAUAAAUUAAGUUUCUAAUACAUAAAUGUAUAGAAAAUGUUAAAUGUAGAAAGCCGAUUCUCAGAAACAGUAACUAUGUUAAUCUUAUGAAAAUAGCGAUAGAAAAAUUGAGUUUUAAAAUCGUAUAUACGAAUCAACCAUCAUGUCAUAAAUUCAUCAUUAUAGUUUCAUCCAUAAAACGAUUUCUAAUUUCCAAAACUCCGUAAACAAACCUUCCAAAAUAAUUGACCAUGAAUUAGCUCUUGGUUUUGUUGAAUAGAAAAUAUAAAAGCUAACAAGCGUAGAUACAAUGAAAAACAUCACGUAUAUUUGGGGUAGCAUGGUGAACUCAUUAACCUCUGAAGCGGUAAUACAAAAGUCCGUAAAUGUCAGAGUUAACGGUCAGUAAUGCAAAAUGUGACUGCUUAAAUAGUAGCAAAAUAUGUGCCAUAUUCAUAUUGAAUUAUCAUCAAUACAUUUUUAUUCUGCAACGAAGGUCGAAAAGAUAUCGAAAAUGAAAUAUUACAUUAAAGGACAUGGUAUUACAUCAACGGCAAACUACACCCACCGGAAAGUGUUUGGCCACUGCCCAGAUAUAUUUAGAGCGUGGCCAAGACUUGCCGAUAUAAGCAAAAGACCCUAUGAGCCCUACAAAAAUACUAUUCUAGCUGCCAUGCUUGAUUGCACUAUCGUUCACAACCGAAGAUACACUAGUAUUUGCAACCUCCUUUAAGCUCUUGCCAUAAAGUUGAUAUAAAAAAAUUAAUGUGAGGUUUUCUGAUGAUAAUAAAACAAUGGAUGUGGAGGUGUGAAUAAUAUUACUCGGCGACUAAGCUAUAGUGUAAGCGUAGGCAGCUGCAAAUGUACAAUAUUACUCCCUUCCCUCUCCCCAACUUUUUUCCCUCUGGAGAAUCAGUUUACAAUGGGAAGAUUAAAAUAUUCUAGGAGAGGUUCUUCUAGUAAUAAAAUCAAAUAUCAACUUCCAUUUUGUCUACUAAUAUACGCUUCCAAUUUCCCUGUUGCGGCCAAUAUGAGACCUA